UGUGUACGUCGUUUCUUUAGUGCUAAUAUUAAACAAAAGUUUUUAAAUUAAGAAAACUUAAACCAAAUCUAUAUAUAUAAUAAUAAUAAUGUCAGAUAAACAAUAACCCACAAAGUCUGUCCUCUCUCUCUACCUCUCCUAUUCAACUUUUUCAGUUACUUUACUCCGUUCAUCUUUAUUUUCUUUUUCUUCGAUUCUCAUCAAUACUACAAAAAUCGACAGAUAAAUAUAUAAAUAUAUAUUGGUGCAGAGAGGUUACAUGCAUUGUACAAGUUUAUUUCCCGAGAGACAAGCGGAUCAGAGACAAAAUCAGAGUCGGUUUCUUGCUUUUUGAUUCCUCUUUAUUAAUCAGCAAAGAUCGAUUCCACAUCUCUCUCUAUCUCUCUUCUUGUUCAUCAAAAAAUCAAAGCUUGAAGCUUUUUUCUCUUCUCUGUUUUUGAGCGGGGGAUUAAAGAGAUGGCUAUACAAGCGCAGUUGAAUUACAACGCUUCGAAUGCGAAUCAAAUCGGUUUUGGUGGGCCGGAGUUUUCUUUGAUCAACAACAAUGGCGUUAUCGGAAUCGGAAACGAUCAGUCUUAUCAUCAUGUCAAUAAUCUCCAGUCGCAGAAAGAUUUCAACCAACAAGCUCUGUUUCAUCAUCAACACCAACAACAACAACAGUUUCGUUCUCAAAGCUUUUUAGCUGCUCACAUGGAGAAACAGAAGCAAGAGAUCGAUCAGUUCAUCAAGAUACAGAACGAGAGGUUGAGAUAUGUGUUGCAAGAACAGAGGAAGCAAGAAAUGGAGAUGAUCUUAAGGAAAAUGGAGAGUAAAGCUUUGGUUUUGAUGAAUCAGAAGGAAGAAGAAAUGUCAAAAGCAUUGAGCAAGAACAUGGAACUCGAAGAUCUGUUGAGAAAAAUGGAAAUGGAGAAUCAAACGUGGCAGAGAAUGGCUCGUGAGAACGAAGCAAUGGUGCAAACGCUUAACUCAACUCUCGAACAGGUUCGUGAAAGAGCCGCCACGUGUUACGACGCUGGGGACACGGAGGUGGAGGACGAAGGGUCGUUUUGCGGCGGAGAAGGGGACGGGAAUAGUUUUCCGGCGAAGAAGAAGAUUAGUAGUUGUUGCUGCAAUUGUGGGUCUAACGGAGUGACGAGAGUUCUGUUUCUGCCGUGUAGGCAUCUCUGUUCCUGCGUGGAUUGCGAGGAAGGUCUUGUUCUUUGUCCGAUCUGUAAUGCCCCCAAGAAGAACAGAAUCGAGGCCUUUAUUUUCUAGGAAAAAUCCUUUCUUUUCUCUCCUCUUGAAAUUUUCCCGAGAAGGUUUAGGUAUAUCGGAAAAAUGCUUGGUUUUGUAUUCCGGUGAACGGAGAGUUUUUACUCCGGUCGAUGACGUGGCAGGGUUAUUUGGUAAAUAGGGGAGAAGGAAAGUGAGAUUAGGAAAAGGUUAGAAAUAGGAAAAAGGUUAUCUCAAGAAGUAAAUUCUGAUUAGGGUUUUCGUUUUCCUUUUUUGUCUUUUGUUUUUUUCCAACAAUGGAAGAAAAAAAAGAAACCCAGCUGGAUUUGAUGAACAUAAUUCAUAUUUUCCUUUUAUCUAAUGAAUAUUCGGAUAUAAGUUUGAAUGCUA